GCUUGAUCGGCACCAAGAGCAGUCUCAUGCGAGCGGAGCUCCGGCGCUUAAGCCUAUUAAACAUCGACAAUCAAUGCUUACCUUGUGGCAAUCGGACCCCGGACACUGACAGCGGCAUGGGGAAGCAGUCCAAAAAGCUAAAAACCCUCGCUGGCGGGGAGCUGUUUCACUCGCGGCCCAAGCUAAAGAUGGCAGCGCAACCAGACCUGCCUGACUCUUCCUCCUCCGAGGAACUACUUUACCCCCCUGAUCCUAUCCCAGAGACAGAAAAGCCUUUUGAUGACCCAUGCAUAGUCAUCACAAUUGCAUAA